GCUGCUUAAGUUUGACGUUUUAUUAAUUUCUGUCUGUUUUAGUGCGUUGAACCCUCAGAUUGUGAUAGUGGCGCCACCUACGCAGUUUCGCGUAAUAUUCCCUAUUGAUCGACCAAAUGCCGCCCGAUGAUAUCCAAAAACCGGAUGAUAUUUCAAGUUGCAAGGACAAGACGCCAUACAAAGGCAGCGGCCGAUGCUUCGGCGAAUACACCUGCACCCAGUGCGGCAGGACUUGGAUGUCUGCUAACUCCUGGGCUGGCUACGGGCAGGAGUGCACCUCGUGUCUCAUCAACGUGUACCCUCAUAAACAGAGACCCCUUCAAAAGCCCGACGGAUUGGACAAGGGGGACAUGGAGAAAGAGCAUCUGCAGUCACACUGCCAGAAGUGCAAGGCGCUAGGCCGUUGCUGCCGCGGCUAUAGGCGCUUCUAAGGAUCACAGCAAACGAUGUUGUAUUUGGGAUAAGUAUAUACCCAAGUUCGACUGGCCAAUUUACUAUGAACCUAUGCAAUCAGCUUGAUUUUAUAUCAAAAAUGAAACUUUAUAAGUACAAAUAUCAGGUAUUAAUUAGUUUAAUGGCCAUAUAUGAUUCUCAAGGGUAUUUGACUACUAGUCAAAUGAGUAUCUUUUUUCGAACUGUCAAAACUAUUAUGCUACUAUGGAAUUUAUAUGAAACACUAGCAUGUCACGUCACAAUCAAAUACCUACUCUUUAUAGUUUUAUACGGGUUUUAAAAUAAAAAAUAUGUCUAAAAAUAACUGCUGUCUACUUUUAUCUAUUAAUCUUCUGGUGCUUUAUUUCAUGCAUGGUGUAAAAUAAUUUAUUUUAAAUAAAGUCAAAUACCCUAUUAUUAAAUGUAAAACAAUUACUAUUAAAAACUAAAAAAAAUACUUUUUUAUCUUUAAUUAUUAUGCGCAAGGAGGCUUUUUAAAUCUUUUAAACUAUCUAAAGCACCAGUAUUUUCGUCUUUGCCAAUUUACUUCAUACUCGUAAUUACAAUUAAUAAUUAAUGGUGCCAUUUAGAUACUUUAGAUAAUAGUGUUUACCAACUACCUAUAAAAUAUAGGAACCUAAUUUGUUAAUGUUUUUACAAGAACCAAGAUAUGGUUAUAAUUUCUUAUACAUUUACUGAUUAAUAAUAAUAUUGCUACAUAUGAAUAAAAUAAUUAUAUUAAGGAUAACGCCUAUAAUAUGUCACUAAUUUUUCAUGUGAUGAUUAAAAUUGUUACCAACUAAAUAAUAAACAAAAA